UGAAUGGGAUGCAAUUCGAAAGUCUUGGUCGGUCUAUCGAUCGUGGUCGGGGACAUUUCGAAACUGCAAACCGGCAGCUGGAAGAUGAAUCUGCUCUCGAUGCUCAUUCUGUGCAUCGUGGUUCGAACAGGGUGGAGGAUUCGGCUUCGCGUCAGGCACAGCUCUCUGCUCGGCCUCUAAUGGUGGAGGGAUGGAUAGCUCUAAGCACCUCGGUCAUUCCUCGGCUGGCCCGAGUCCCAGUGCAAACGGAUGGGUCGCCCCGCGCAACCACUUCGUGCGGAUCAGGGACAUGAUGCUCACGGUGGAGAAAUCUACCGUCGUCUUCGUGGGACGAGCAGACCCUGCCGCUCUGACCAUCGAGCAGGUGACAUGCGUUUCCAGGAACUUGCACGUAAAGGUGUCGAUCCUGGGAAUAGAUUGCGGCGCUCAAGGCGAAGAAGAGCUCCAAGGCGAGGGCAGGGCCACAAACGGGACCUCAGCUGUCGAGCCUUUGCAAACAUGCAAUCAAGCCUCAUCUGCGACUGAGACGGCGGAAUCGAUUCGAUUCCUGACCGCCGGAGUGGCGAGCUGCAGAGGUUUGCGCACAAUCGCCCCUCUCGACCCGUCGAUCACUCGAGCAGCACUGGCGGUGAGAACCAACACUCUGCUGAAUGGGUACGGAAGGCACGAAGUGCGGUGGGAAAUUCUGCACGCGUUUCUGAAGCUGCUGAAUCAGCGGAUCACGCCGCAGCUGCCGACGAGGGGCUGCAUCAGUGCCUCGGGCGGCGAUUUGCUGCAGCUCUCCUACCUUGCUCGGCUGCUCAAGGGGCAGCCGAAUGUGAAGCUGCUCACCGAGAGCGGGGAGGAGAUCGAAGCUCUGGAAGCUUUGCGCUCGAUAGGUCUGUCUCAGCCCUUGAAUCUCCAACCCAAGGAAGAGAUCGCCAUAGUCAAUGGCACAUCCGUGAGCUCCGCUCUGGCUGCAACCAUCUGCUACGACGUGAAUGUCCUGGCUCUGCUGGCCACACUGGCCUCCGUGCUCUUUUGUGAGAUCAUUCAAUGGGAUGGCUUCGAGCCCCAAUUCCCAGAAGAUCUCACGACGUCCGUGACCAUGCACCCUCGCCAGCUCGAGACAGUGGACUUCAUGGAGUUCGUCUUGAGACGGCCCUCGCUGUCGCAAUUGAGAAACUGUGCUUUCUGUCACUCGUCCACGUCUGGAUGGCUCCGCAGUUCGUCGUCUAUGGAUUCAUCCAGCGACUGGGAGCUCCAUGGGCGAGAAUCUAAUGGAGAGACGCCGACCCCAUCGCCGCUGCCUAGUCAUGACACUCUUCUGAAAGGCGUAGAGAGUGUGAAGGUUGAUCUGGAUCGGGCCCCGGAUCUGUUCAGAUGCUGCGCGAACUGGUUGGGCGAGCAGGUGGAGGGCAUACAAGCAGCGACAGAGGCAGUGCAGAUGGAGAUCAAUUCCGUGAAUUUUCAGGGCGCUUUUAUCGGACCAAUGAUGGAAAUUCUGCGGUCAGCAAUUUAUGCUCUCGGGAAACUGAUGAACUAUCAGCUGAUCGAGCUCGCCAGGUACGUCGAGAAGUGUAAUCUCCCGGGAGAGGCCGUCCACGGGGCAAAGAUUGUUAUGGGCUCGUAUGCGUGCGAGCUCUCUUAUAUGGCGCAUCCGCUGGGGAAGCAGUCUCAGAUUUCGGAUAUGGAUCCCGACAAUGCGUAUCAGAGCUUGGGGUUUCUGUCAGGCUGUAAAACCGCAGAAGCUGUCACAACCCUGCAGCUCAUGUGUGCCACAAGCUUGGUGGCCCUUUGUCAGGUUUAUGAUCUUCAGCUUCUCGAAGCAAGUGCGUUCGAAUAUCUGAAGUAUGGAGUCUCGCGGGCUGCAGUAUGCAACAAAUUUGGUUCAGCUUUAGGCAUAAAGGAAGAAGAUAUCGGCCGGUUUAAUGGCAGUCGACCAACCCUUGGUACCGCUGAUCACGAGACGCCUAAAGUCUUUACAGAUCUUCUCGAGGUGUUGAGAGAUUAUUCCCCAUUCCACAACGAUGCAAGAAGCAUCAUCCCGAAAUUAGAACAAGUGCUUAAAGAUCAUGGGAUCGAGGAGCAACUGAUCAAGGGCUUUAGAGAAUCGAAAGAACUGGAAGGUGGAUUCCAUGAAGUCGAUCGCAUGAUGAACGACUUCAACAAACAUGUUAUGCGCAACAUAUCUGCCGGUCGCAGGUGUAAAGGAAUAUAUCCGGUCUACAGCUUUGUACGAAAAGUCGGCACGAAGAUGAUGAUCGGGAAAGAUUUUGAGAACAGAGUGCCAGGUGAAGAUGUUGGUAGAGUGUAUGAAGCAAUUUGCGGGGGAGAGAUGGCAGGGAACUUACUUGCAGCAUUUCACGACAUCCAAAACCACCUGUAGGCAGGCUAUUCAUUUAAAUAAAAACCAUGUACAGUCAAUUUUAUUUUAUAUACAGGCAUUUUAUUUGC